AUGGCCAGGAGCUUUGUGGCAUCGCAGCCAUCAUCUACCAAACCCAAUAUUCUCGCUCUUGACAAUGGCCUCUCGCAGCCAUUACCAGAGAACAUCACUCAAGACAUUUUUUCCGCUGGUCGAAUCCUCCAGCUUGAUCAGGAUCGCAUGUCUGUUCAGCCAAUUGUCGAAAAGGCAGGCCUGAUUGGUGUCGACGGCAUUGAUUACUGCAAGGCCAACGGUCGAAUCUACUGGACAAACAUGGGUUUCCCGAAUCGUAACGAUGGAAGCGUUAUGUCCUGCGACACCGAUGGCAGAGACUUGAGAACGAUACUUCCCGUAGGAAGCGUACACACUCCGAAGCAGCUGGUGAUUGAUCAGCUGGCAAAUAAAAUCUAUAUUGCGGAUCGAGAAGGGUUGCGCAUCUUCAGAUGCGACCUUGACGGGAGCAACCUUACAGUACUUGUGAAAGCCGGUGAUUGGCACAUCGAGAAAGAUGACCAAACCAAAUGGUGCGUCGGAGUUGCCGUGUCUCAGCAGCAUGGCAGAUUCUACUGGACUCAAAAAGGACCAUCAAAAGGGGGAAGAGGUCGUAUAUUCAGCGCAAAGAUCAUGACUCCUCCAGGCGAUGUCGGAAAUAGAGCCGAUAUUCAAUGCCUCCUCGACAAUCUUCCCGAACCUGUUCACCUGGAAAUCGAUGAAGACAGUGGAAUCCUUUUCUGGACCGAUAGAGGCGAGUUUCCAUUCGGUAAUACCUUAAAUAAGGUCGAUUUGGAUGCCUCUGGCAAUGCUACUCUUCUGAAACCUGGUCCCAUAAAACACAAGAUCAUCGCACAAAAUUUCGACGAAGCGAUUGGCGUCAAGGUGGAUCCCAUGGCGAAGCAUAUCUAUGUUUCGGACCUUGGUGGAUCUAUUUGGCGUUGUAGCUUUGAUGGCGGAGAAAAGCAAAAGAUUUACGAGGACAAGACCUGUUGCUUCACGGGAUUAGCAUUGCUGUAUGUGAUGUAA